AUGGCUUCGAGCACAUGUUCCUCUGAUGUCAAGCAACUAAUCAGGAACAUUGUCAACGAAACUGUGAAAACCAUUCCACUACGGUUGCUGCACACACAAACUGGAGUCCUAUGUGCACGAGACGCGCAGAUAUCACGUUUUGAGUGCAGUUCCCAAUACAAAAAACUACUCUCAUUGCCACCUGGCACGGACUUUGGACAGGAUCUUGAAGAACUCGUCUGGAAAACGGUCGCAGAAUUUUUCCAGUACGCUACGUUGUCCUAUGUUUGGAAAAGUGGAGAACCGUUGCUAUGCGACAUCAAAGGUGCAAGUAUCUAUGACUUGCCUCAUACAGACGGUGUCGCAAAACUCCAAAAAUUUUGCAUUCUCGUGCUCAGGCGCAGUUUCCUGUGGGCGUGGAGCGACACUUGCUGCAUUGAUAAAGAUAGUAGUGCUGAAUUGCAAGAGACAAUUGGAUCUAUGUUCUCUUGGUAUCGUCAGUCGGCCUUGACAAUCGUCCAUCUCUCAGACGUAUGCAAUGCAGCGUCAUUUCCCAGUAGUGUCUGGUUCCGACGCGGUUGGACUCUUCAGGAAUUAUUGGCUUCUCCGAACGUCUUGUUUUAUUUGCAGGACUGGUCGCUGUACAUGGAUUGCGGAUCGUCGAAUCACAAAAUGGAUGAGCUAGUGCUCAAAGAGCUCCAGAAGGCAGCAGGAAUAGAAGAACGGCAUCUUAAGGACUUCCGACCAGGUAUGGAGGAUGCACGAUCGAGGCUCCAAUGGGCAUCGGCACGUCGUACCACUCGGCCAGAAGACGUUGCCUACUCGCUUUUCGGAAUUUUCAGGGUCCACUUACCAGUCCUCUAUGGGGAAUCUGCAGAAUGUGCCCUUGGACGUCUCUUGGCGGAGAUCAUUUCGCACUCCGGAGACAUUUCGGUUUUGGACUGG